CGACGGUGCCUCUACACGACCCAUUGCAGUGGACAUCUCUCCCACCAACAACUUACCUACCGCUACGGCAUACCGGUCAUUGAUUCUCCGCAACCCACUCCCGAGGCCCACGCUGACAAUGUCACUGUGGCAAUCGACAACCUCCACAGUUCCCAAAGCCCAGCUCCGACAUCAUCUCGCACUGAUCGAAAGUCUUUCAUGAUGUCCAGCAUUGCCGAAGUCAGUCGCCACAACAUCAACCUUGAUGACGGUGAGAAGGAAUGGUUGAAAUGGCAUCAACGUCUUGGCCACCGUUCAUUCGCCAUUGUACGCUUCUUGAUGCGCACCGGGACCCUUGCUAAAAGUCAACGCAUGCGGACGCUGCACACCCACAUUUCCAAACAAGUUGAACCACCCAAGUGUGCCGCAUGUUGCUACGCCAAAGCUAAACAACAUGCCGUUGCCAAGGCCAAAACUCAUGCUUGCGUCAAGGAUGCUCCCAGCUCUCUUUGCGCCAACACUCUUUAUCCCGGUCAAGAGGUAUCCAUCGAUCAUCUUGUUUCAUCUGUUCCUGGCCAAACCUACACUGGCUACGGGAAAGGUCACAAGUCUGAGAUGUUCCGCGGAUCUGCUAUCUUCGUCAACAAUGCAACAGGAUAUAUCUUCGUUCAACAUCAGAAAUCCCUGAACACCCACAAAACAUUACGGGCCAAGGAAAUGUACGAGGCGAAUUGUGGUGACCUUGGUGUCGUUCCUCAAAAAUACUGCAGUGACAAAGCUGCUGUCUUCCACAGCCACAAAUACAAGCAACAUCUUGAAGCCUUCAGUCAAACUCAAAAGUUCGCUGGUGUUGGCCAACACCAUGCCAAUGGCAUCGUCGAAAAGGCCAUUCAGGACAUUCAAUCUACUGCCCGCAUAUGCAGUCUUCCUCCACAACCACCUCCCCAACGUCAACACUGGUCUCACACCCAUGGACAAAUUCUCCCGCCAACGUUGGCCCCACUCCAAAUAUCACGAUAUCCAUGUGUUUGGAGGCCCCACCUACGUUCUCGACAAGAAAAUCGCGGAUGUCCUUUUCACGCAAGCACAGUGCCGCUGGUCCUCAACCCUCGCACCGGUGCCAUCACACCCCAAUUCAAUUGCAUCUUUGAUGACUGGUUUGCCACAUUAUCCGCCAACGUCGACGAUGUCCCCACCUUCAUGGAGGAACAGUGGCAGCAUCUCUUUGGCGACUCCCAAUUUCAAUUUCCCACCGAUGAUAAUGAUCCUUCUUCCUUGACACCUCAAUCUCAAGUCCCCCUAUCUUAUGAGCCUUCCGCUCUUGAUUCCUUUGAACCUUCCACCAGCCGCUACGCCGGCACCCAACCUUCCCUAUCUGAUCCCUCCGUUUUCCGUGAACCCUCCCAGCCUUCGUUUGAGAGGGAGAGUGUGUCAGUUGAGAGGGAGCAGUCUCCUCCCGCCAAUAUUCCUACAUCCACAAAUACUGGCAAUCCUACUCCAUCACACCUUCAGAGGGAGCAACAAACUCAGUCAAAGAGUCCCCAUACAACGGCACGCAAAACUCCCAUUGACCUACCAUUGUCAUCAAUUCCGCCAACAUCAUCAUCCGGACCACCAUUGCGACGCAAGUCAGAUGAUGGUGGUAUUUGCGGAUUCUAUGACCUCCAUUUCUCCUACCUUGGCUACACCACCACAAACACUCCCAAAUUUGUGUUUCUUGACAGCAAGGCACCACCUGAUUCGAUCGAAUUUCUCAAAACUGGCACCACCGACCCUGAUAUUUUAAGCUGGGAUGAAGCUAUGGCUGGUCCUGAUCGAGACAAGUGGCGUGAGGCUGCCUUGAAGGAGAUCAGAGCACUCGAACACAAGCGCACAUGGUUGGAAGCCCCAGAAUCCAAUGCCACAGUCAGAGUAAUUCCUGGCACUUGGGUUUUUCGAGUCAAACGCGCGCCAGAUGGAUCCAUCAUCAAAUUCAAGGCCAGAUGGGUAUUACGAGGUGAUCUUCAGGACCUGGACAUGGACACCACCGCUGAAGUUGUCGCUUGGUCCUCGGUCCGCACAUUUAUGGUCCUUAGUCUCUAG